AAGUGUUAGCUAACUGUACAAAAGGGAGAGAGCAAAUGGAUUUCAGUCACUCUUUUAUCAUUUCCUGUCCAUCUUAUAAUAAAUAAUUAACCUUACUCUCAUUUUCAGUUUACUCAUCUGAAAGUGGGCUAAGUGUGAUCUACUGCUAUUGUUAGAGCAUGGCAUGAGGUAAUGUAUGAUAGCCCAUGAUGAAGUGUAAGAACUACAGAACAUGACCCACAAUUAUUGUACUCAACAGACUGCAAGCAACUUCCAAGAGGCAGCAAUACCUACUUAAGUCCCUCACCACCAUCCAUGGGAGUCCAAUGUCUGAUAUCCAAGGCUCCCUUUUAGUGAUCGGACACUAUCUAUUUGGAUGCCAGGGUGUGUUAUUUAUAGCCUUCUGGCCACAAAUACUGUGCCAAAUCUCAGCCUGUCAGAACUUUGUGCCAGUUCCCCACUGCUUGUGGCUUCUGGCCUAGUAAACAUCAUCUCUAUUUCUGUGAAUCAGGUGUGGUUCCUGGAUCAGAGUUUAAUGUGAGCUCCCUGGCUAACCUGAAGGCAAGAUUGACUUGUAUGUGAAGUGAUACUAGACCUCAUGGUGCUACUUGUGUCUUUAGGCCACUACCUUCCUUGGCCUGAGACACUUUGACUGAAGGAGAGCCCUAUCUAUGUUCUGGCACAAACAGUAGUCAACCAGGUAUUUGGGAGAAAAAAAAACAGAAGUAAGCCAGAGAAACCUGGAUUCCUAUCUGCCUUAAUAAGCUCAGACUGUUAUAACAGACCAGCAAAGACUGGUAGCUUAAAGGGCAGACAUUUGUCUUUCUUGGGCAAACACAAGGUCAGUGAGUAGGUAGAUUUUGUGUCCAGUGAGAAGCUGCUCCUGUCCUUGCUGGCAGAUGCCUUCUUGUGUCCUUACAUGUCCUAUAUGCCUUGCAUGUGCAUGGAGGUGAAGAGAACCUUCUUUUUCUUCCUGGGAGAGUGUUAAUUCUAUCAUGAAGCUCCUAUUCUCAUGACUUCAUCUAAGCCUAAUCACUUCCCCAGAAGCCACGUCUCCAAAUACAGUUGUGUUGAGAGACAUAAGCGUUCUUCCUAAGUCGAUCAGGCAGGGUCAGGCAAUAGAGAAUCUUGCUUCUUUCAGUAAAUGUUUUCUCAUGUGCAUAUUAAGAACAAUAAUGGGGCUACUUUGGGGAACAUCUCCAUGGCCUGUAGUCUAGGCCUCUAUCCUGAAUAGCCUGUAUAGCCACACUGGCUUAGUUAACACCACCAUAGACCUACGAUAGCUUGAACCACUUGUAUCCAAUGUCGGGUAGCUUUAGGCCUCACCACUCUUACUCUUGAAUCAUGUUUUGGGGAUCUCUGUGUUGGGGCACCUUGAGAAAAGAGGUCACAGUUCUCCCUUGACAUGGAGAGGCCUACAGUUUGCCCAUUUGCCCAAUAGACAGUCCCUGAAGCAGAGCAUGGGAUCUCAGCAGGGGACAGGAGCCCACAGUAGGUGGCCUCUUUCUAGGACCCCUGCUGACUCACAGUCCUUGGAGGCCAAGGGGGCAAAACACCCAUUGUAGGAGUUCUGCCAUCCUCACACUGUGAGCUAGCAGGGGCUGUGGCCAGGCUUCAGGGAGCUACACAGUCUUCUUCCAGCAUGCAUGCGACUGGAGCACCUUUCCUACUGGUCAUCAGCCUCCAUUCAGUUUAAGUUCUUUCCUGCCUCAUUGUUGCUGCAGCUUGGGGACAUCAGUGCCUGAGAAAUACCGUUUUGUUCUUUGCACCCCCCACACAUCUUAGCAAGUGUUUGUUGAAUGAAAGCUUCAGAACAUCAAGCAGCUGUGGGCGUGCAUCGCUUCUUCAAAGCAUCAUCUGUAACAUGAUGUCCAAUUUCUGGGAUAAUCAUGUGUGUUACAGGCCACGCACCUCUAGAAACACACCAUGUAUUAAUUAAGAUGUCCACUCCCUAGCAACCUUGAUGUGUCUUCUGGUGGUAUUUGAGGCUUCAAAACUGUACAGUUGUCUGUCCAAAGCCGUGUGUUUCACAUGUGCAGUUUCCACCAGACAAAACACAGUUUAAAUUUUCACUGUUACACACAGCUGUGUGUGCGUUGGCAUAUUCAUGGUGGUCACAGAAGAGUCAGCUCUCUCCGCCCACCACGUGGAUUGCAGGGAUCAUCUCAGGUUCUGAGAUGUGCAGGCAAGUGCUCUUGCCACUGAGCAAUCCCUCUAGCUCAAGUCAAAGUAUUUUCAAAUUUUGCAUCUACAUAAAACAUUAACGGACCUUUCUCUUAUCAUUAUUCCCUAAGCACUGUAGUAAGCACAGCAAAGACUUACAUGGUAUUCACUAUAACUCAUAGACAGAAGAGUUAGAAGAUACAACACAGACUGUGGGUCUCUGCAUCUGUUUCCACCACUGAUGAAGCCUCUCCGGAGACAGCCAUGCUAGGCUCCUGUCCGCAAGAAGAGCAGAAAAUCAUUUAAUAGAGUCAGGGUUGGCUCUCUCACUGGAUGGGUCUCAACUGGUGCAGUCAUUGGUUGCCUGUUCCCUCACUCUCUGCUCCAUCUUUAUCCCUGAACAUUUUGGGUUGAAGGUUUUGUGGGUGGGUUGAUGUCCCCCUCCCUCCACUGGAAGUUCCAUUUGGCUAUAGGAGGUGACCACUUCAGUUACCAUAUUCCCCGUGGCUCCCUGCUCAGGAGGACACCACAGGAAGACCUGCAGAGUCAACUGACCUGGGCCCAAGGGUUCUCGCAGAGACUGAACCACCAACCAGGGAGAAUGCAGCAACUGCACAUUGGUAGCAACUACACAUGGGCAGCUUGGGCUCCAUGUGGAUCCCCUAACAACUGGACAAGGGCUGUCUCUGACUGUUGCCUACUGCUGGUUCCCCUUCCCUUACCUGGACUGCUACCAGGUUGGUCCUCAGUGGGUGAGAAUGUGUUUAGUCCUACUAUGAUAGCUGUUCCACGAUGGGGCAGUGCCCUAGGCGGGCUUUGCCUUCUCUAAGGAGAAGAGGAGCAGUAAAAGGGAGGAGGGAUUUGUCAGAGUGGUACUUGAGGAAAGGAGGGAUCAGGAUAUAAAGUGAAUGCAUAAUAAAUACAUUAUUGAAGAAAAAAUAAAUAGAGAAUACCUAGCAUUCAGGCACAUGCCAGGAACCUCAGCAUUCAGGAAGCAGAAAUGGAUGAAUCACAACAAAUCUGUAGCCAACCUGUCUUCCCUACAAGCUGCAGGCUAGUCAGGGCUAUGUAGUGAGACCCUGUCUCAAACACAACAAACAAAACCCACACCAAACCCCAAAACGAACAAACGAACAAGCAAGCAAAAAAGAUACAGACGGUGUGUAUGGUAUAAAUAUAAACAUUACACAUGUCACAUAAGGGAUUUGAACAUCGUAGAUUUUAAAAUCCCUUUGAGGUCUUAGAUUCGAUCCCCUUAAGGUAUAAAAAGGGACAAUUGUAAUUAUAUUAAAAUGAUGCCAAAUAGUGAACCCUCAGUCAGGCAGCAGACAGAGUCAGAGUCAGAUGAAGACUUGGUUUGUAAACCAAGGAUAGGAUUCUCAGGUAGCCAAUUUUGAGAGCACCGUGGUCUUCAGCUUCCUGCCUGCACAUCUGUGAGAGAAAUGCCUGGUGCUGGAUCCACUGAGUCUGCCACAUCCUGUGUGGCCACACUACCACAGUAAUGCAGUAUUCCAUGGGGAACAGGCUGGGCAGAAGUGUCAGAACACUGGGCACAUGAAGAUUAACAUUUCCAUCAGACAUUUGGCACUUGCAGUACAACUUUUGUUUCUGAAACUAGAAGCUUAAAAUUUGUAAGCAUAAAUUGAAAUUUGGGAUUAAAUAGAGGAAAAAAGGCAAUCACUUUCUUUGGGGUGCAGGACAUGUCUUCUACUGUAUUGCUCGUCAUGCCUCCUAAAUGGAAACAGCACAGUUGGGGGAGAAGGAAAAAGGGAAGAUGUGUCCUCCAGCGAGGAAGGCAGAGAGGCCACGAAGAGAGAACAGAUCUGAGAGGACUGCCAGAUACCAGAGCAAAGCAGACCUCUCAGGAGUCACACUCAAGUUCUUAAAGGUGUGCGUUGCUGAGAUUGGCUGUGAGGAGAACGUCUUGAGCCAAUGCGAUGCAGUGUUGAUACGGCCUGGUCUGCAGUAUUACAGAAGAUCCAGGGAAGAUGUUACACUAAAGGAGAGUCAUGGGACACCCCCCCCGGCAUAUCCCCACCAGGGCUCAGGGACUCACACCAGGAAGGAGUCUAAUCUGUGCUGUUCAGCCAGUGGAGAUUUCCUCAGAUGUCCUCUAAUGCUGAAGAAGAGCUGAAGAAAACUUUGGUUCUUGGACAGUGAGGAGUAUGUUCUAGAGUUCCUGCCAUGUUCCAGGUUUAAAUUCCUUAAAAUCGUGACUGUGCUGAGAAUAGAGAUACAAGAACUAUGGGACAUAUCAAUGAACUUAUUGGUGUCUUCAGUUUAGCUCACAUCUGUACCCCAACAGUUGGUUACUAAUUCAAGGCCAACCUGGGCUACACAGUGAGGAUCUGUCUAAAAGAAAAAAAGGAAAAUAUUUACAAUCUUAUACAUGCAUAUUCAUAAUAGGCCACUUCUGAGAGGGAAGGGGCAAUGUUAGCAAUUUUCUGUUCCAGGAGCACUUGGCAUGUUGUCAGACAAUUAUAAAGUAGAUCGCUUAUGUUUAGAUAAAGUAAUGUCAGCUAGAAACUAAAAAAACUGUGGUGUGAUAGCACUUCCUCUCUCCAGAUAGUUCCAUGCUCACUGGACCCUCAAUCAGACAGAACAACUGCAAAAGCAUUCAUCGUUCUUAAACUCAUUUUAUUCUCCUCUUUGAAGUUCCACAUUGCCUAUGGACAGUAAGAUGCGUGUGACUGUGAAAAGGCUCUCUGGCAGCUGAGACAGGCUUGUUGGCUGGAACAGAACAUUUACAGGAGGCAGGUCAGAAGACUCUGGAAGAGGGUGUGAGCCUGUCCACAGGUCAGGAACAUUGUUACAGGGUAUCAGGCCACCUUGGAAAAGUCUAUAGUUUUAAGGAAUAACCUGGAGAGUAAUAAGCUCAAUGUCAUAAUUUACUGACUCUAAGAUGACACUCUACCACCCUUUAAAUGUCACUGAAUCUACACUGAAAUCCAGGAGAUACUGAUGAGCGGCCAGCUCAGCUGUGCAUGUCCAGACUACAUGGUGCCCUUCUCUUGUGUGGGUCCUUUGAUUGAGGGAAAGAUCUCCAGGAGCAUUAUGCUUGCCUUUGCGUUCAAGAGAGAAGCCAUUAGGACUGAAAAAUAACACAGACACAGCAACAGGGCAUAGGCAUGAUGACGAAGCAAGAACUAUGCUUCCAGUGAGAAUCAAAGUCUGUGUGGAAUUCAAGGUGGGAAAUUUCCUACAAGAAUUGGGAUCUGUGUUCCAUUUUGUAACACAGACAAGAAUAUAAAAGGAAUUACCACUGAAUAAAAGGAAUUACCCAGCUGGGAGACUGCUGGUAGUUUAAAAUAGUGUCUGUCAUAGGGUUUCUAAUGCUGUAUGGUAAAAUACCAUGACCAAAAACAACUUGGGGAGGAGUGGAUUUAUUUAACUUAGUCUCUCACAUCACACCCCAUCAUAGAAGGAAGUAAGGACAAGAACUGAAGCAGAGGCCAUGGAGAAAUGUUGUUUACUAGCUUGCACCCCAUGGCUUUCUUACAGCAUCUGGGACCACCUGCCCAGGGAGGAACCACCCACAGUGAGCUAGGAUACCCCCACCCCCCACCAUCAGUCAUCAGUUGAGAAAACGUACCACAGGCCAGUCUGCUAGGACAUUCCCCCAAGUGAUUCUAACCUGCGUCAAGUUGAUACUAAUUACCAGACAGCACACUCUCUUAGAACAUACUCUACAGUUUCCUACCAGCUCCUGAGGUCACAUACAGGAUUCCAAGGAGAUCCCAUUGCCUAUGAGGUACCUUGGGUCACACCGAAGUCUUUACCUAUUGACAUUGAUGAUACCUUUUCUUUUUCAUGUUUAUAUAGGAGUGAUCUUUGAGAAAAAAACACUAUCUAAGUCCAAAUACAGAAUAGAAAUUUCUAUAUUGCGGACAGCAUGGAAGCUGUAAGUGAUAUAAACAUGGUGGUUCAUCAUUAACUUAGGGGCUUACUUCUUAUCUUAAUUCUUGUUUUGUUAUAUUGUGGUAUUUUUAAUAAUUAUGGUGACCAUGAUUUUUCUGUUUCAGUGAUUUUAUGUGUCAAAUUGAUUAGGCUUUAAUACAAAACCAUUUGGUCAGAAACAUCUGAACAUAGUUAUAAAGGUUGCUUUGGUUUCUUAAACAAGUGAUUGAAAUUUAGAUCAGUACAUUUUUAGUAAAGUUCAAUCGGGUAGGUGUCAGCCAAUCAAUAAAUUAAAUAUUCUAUGAAUUCUACACACACACAGAGAGAGAGAGACAGAGAGACAGAGAGACAGAGAGACAGGCAGACACACACACACACACACAGAGACUGAUGCUGCUUAUGCUUCUUUGGAGAGCAUUGGAGACUGUAGACUUGUAUAUUGUGUAGUUAAGGUCACUACAAUUUGCUGAUUCUGGAUCCAGAUCUCCAAACCUCAGCUAAGUCUUCUAUAAAGUAAGGAUAUGGCACCAUCUUCACAGAUUUUUCAUGGGACUCCAAAACAUGAGAAAGUUAAAGCAAUUGUCCAACCAAGAUUAAAAAAAAAAAAGAUGAGUACACUUUUUGAGGGAGAAUAUUCGACAAGCAAUUGCAUCCCUUGUUCUCUGGGAGUUAAAUAUUAUUAUGCUCCUUUGCCUACUAAAAUAAGCACUACUGAGUAAGGACUAGGAAAUAGUCUGAGAUUGUUUCAGGCAUAUUCUACCAACAGGGACUGUGUUCCUAGCUCCCUUUGUAAAUAGAGCUAAUUUCCAAAAAGGGGUAUGUGCAUCUGUACUGAGUCUCAUAUCAUAGGGCCUGCCGUCCACAGGAAAUUAUGUACUAGGUGCCAACUCCUACCCUAUAAACACUAGCUACUAAGGAAAGAAAUUCUGAGCAUAUCAUCUAGGCUAUUCUUCCAACCAAACAGCUCUGAUUUUUCUCAUCCCCAUAUUUUGGGAGCAUGCCCUGCCUCCAGCCAGCUAUGUGUCUACAGUGGAUGUGACCAGUAUAGAUAUCUGAAGGGGGCUUGUUAGGACUGCUUUGGAGAAAACUGACCACACAAUCCACUGAUGUUCAGGGAAACAUAACUUUCCCACAAGAGGAGUUGAGUGGAUGAGGAUCCAACCACCAUGUGGUCACCUGGGGACUGAGAGAGGCCUGGGCAUGAAUGAGGACCUCUACCACCAAAUGGUCACCAAGUAGGAUAGGUUAAGAGAGGGAGAUCUAGUGAAUUAGAACCUUGGCCAUCAUGUGGUCAACGUGAGGUUGGGAGAAGCUGAGAGAGGGACUAUCUAGUGAAUAAGGACCAGGCCACCAUCUGGUUACCCAGGGGCUGGAAGAGGCUAAGAGUAAUGAUCUAGUGAAUAGGACUUCCACCACCAUAUGGUCACCGUAUGGCUGAGAGAGGCGAGCCAAGGAGACAUUUCUCUGCACCAAGUUUCUGCCUUGUCAGCUCUCCACCUGUGAGGAGCAGGAGCUCCGCAUUUAUCUAAAUCCCCUUUACUCCCAAAUUGGUCUUUUCAUAAGACAGUUUCAUUUUCAAUGCUAAACAUAAUGAAAAUAAGUAGAUUUUAUUGUUUAGAAGAUUCAUAGCAGCAAUAACUUUGCUUUCAUUUCCAUAGAUCUUUAUUCACAGUUCGACUGGUGACUAGAAAGAGAAAAGGAAAUGACCUGCUAUUUCACUUAAGCUAAAUGCAUUGACUUUUUACAAAAUUAAAUCUUCAGUAAAUUAACUUGUGUGUCUGGGUUUCUUAUAAAAGCCAGAAGAGAUGCUCAUUGUUGCUCAUUGUUUACCUGCAGCUUAGGAGUGACUCUGUCCUCUGUAAAACUUUAUUCCCUCCAGGAGCCAGAGGAGGCUUCUAGGCUUUACACUGACACUGAGCUGGGGAGAGGACAGGCGUAGAAUGGCCCCCUCAUUCCUAUCAUGCAAGUAUAAGUUCAUGAAGGCAGGGUCAUGAUCUUUGAUCCUACGCAGGCUCCAGCAUCUAGAUCAAUGCAGGCAAUAAAUAUCAUAUAUUCUGUUAUAUUUGUUAAGUAAAUGAACCAAUCAUUUACCAAUUUGCCCCCAUAGUAUAUAAGAAUGACUGAUGUAUUUUUUUAAAAAAGAAAGCAACUAUUUUACACUUAAAUAUAUAGUUAAGAUUGCCAUUUGCUUUCUGCUUAGUGCACUAAUCUCUUUAAAGGAACAAUUGGCAGCUCAGGGAAGGAGAGCUUGCUUUGAUAGACAUUAAGUAUACCACAAAUACACAGUAAUUAAAAAAUGAGAUCUUGAGACAAAUACAGAAAAAUAGGCAGAGGGAGCUGGGAGGCAGACCUUAGUGUGGUGGGAGCUUAAUAUUCAUUAAACAUAGCCACAAAUCAAUAAAGAUUUUAAGUGGAAACUUUAGAAACUUCCUAUAUAGGGGAAGUCUUAUAGAUAAAGGAAAGCAGAACUGGACUGAUACCAAACCACACCAAAACAUUAAAAAUAAAGGCUUACUCAUGGAAAACAGGUCUGAGAACUUAAUUCAGGGAAGCUAAGAUAGGAGGGACUUCUAAAAGGGAGAUUUAAGAGCACAUGAGAUGGGGUCAUUCCAGAAUUAAGAAUCUUAGAUUAAGGGCUCUCUUAGAAAUCAAUUUAAGUGAAAGAUGGGAAGGAAAUAUCUAUAAUAUCAAGAAAAGUAUAUAUAUAUAUAUACAUAUUUUAUAUAAAAUUAUAAAAUUCCAAGUUAAUAGGAACUGAGAUGAGUCCAACUAGGAAAACCAGUGGUGGUCAAUCUUACUUGUCAGCCUGACUUGAUUUAGGAUCUCCUUGUCCACUUGCUUCUAAGGAUGUUCAUGAAAGCAUUUCCACAGAGAUUUAGCAGAUAAGAGAAGACACCUCCUGAGUAUUGUUGACACCAUCCCAUGGGCUAGGCUCCCAGACUGUUGAAAACAAAGAAGAGAAACAGCACCAGCAUUUCUCCUUCUUUUUCCUGCUGAUAGAUGUAAAGUGUUAGCUGUAUUAUGUUCCCACCAGUAUUCUUCUCCAUUAGAAUGGACUGAGUCCCUUCAAACUGUGAGCCAAAACAAACACUCCCACCCUUAACUUGCUUUUGUCAGGCAUUUUACCACAAGAAAAGACACUAACAUAAUAGACAUUUUGCAAAACAGGAAAUUCCCCAGACUAGACAGCAAAAGAAAAGUCUCCAAGUCAUUUUUAAUCAGAGCUUUGUGCCUUAGAAAGUAAUGAAAUGACCUUUUGUAAAUCAGAAGGACCUUUGACAUCUUCUGAACCUACUGAGGGUAGCUCUGACCACAAUGUGAUUCUUCCUCACCCCUUCCAGAACUGUGUCUUCAGACUGAGAGAUGGCAGAUAGAAAUAUAUCUGCGGCUGGAGAGAAGGCUCAGUGGUUAAGAGCACUGACUGCUCUUCCAGAGGUCAUGAGUUCAAUUCCCAGCAACCACAUGGUGGCUCACAACCAUCUGUAAUGAGAUCUGGUGCCUUCUUCUGGCCUGCAGUCACAUAUGCAGGCAGAAUGCUGUACAUAAAAUAAAUAAAUAAAUCUUUAAAAAAAGAGAGAGAGAUGAAAGAAAUAUAUCUGCUUCAUACUUUCCCUUGGUGGUGCAGAGAUUUUCUUCUAACUUGUGUUGAUUUCUUAAAGAGGGCUUUUAUCCAUCAGGAAUUCUUAAUUUCAUGCUAUUUCAUUCAUUACUGUAGCCUUCCAAUGUUCACUCUCUGUGUAGGAUGGAUGUUUCCGAGGAAGGAGGCAGCUUGCUCAAUAGUGGGGGAGGAAAGAAUAUGAGCAGAGAGACCACUGCAGGGCAAGAUCCAGACCGUGGAAGUUGAGAGGAAGGGAAGUAAGCUUGAUGGGCACCCUAUGCCCAUGAAGUCCAGUUCCACUCAUGCCUCUACCCCAGACUGAGUAACACAGACCACUCACAACUACCAUAAGUCCACAAUCAGCCCAGACAGUGAAGCAAAGUCCAAAGACCCCCGAUCCUGAGACAGGAUGGAGGAGAAAGACCCAUCUGUUCUCCUUAGCAGAAAAGACAGUCUUGCCACUUUUGUUGCAAAGAGCGCUGGAAGCAUUCUCACAAGAGCAGUAGGAUAAGGCAAAUGACUCUACAGCUGUUUUCAGCAUCCACAUGCCAUUGGUCACUUGACUGUAUGUGAGUCAUGAUUUGUUUUGUGGGAGUGGAGAUGAGGAUGGCAACUGUGUCCAUGUGGCAGGACCACACAUGGUUUCUGAGCUGCCAGACCAGCCUUUGCUUCACUCUAGGGCUAUGAUCUGAAGGCUGAAUGAAAACCCCUGUCUUACCCACCACUGUGGUAUCAAUGACUAUUGACUAAGUUCUUCAGUCCCAGCCAAUGUUACAGGCACUGAGUCUGCAGAGGUGAACCCACACAUGGCUGUGCUAAGAAGCUUGUGGGGGGAAAUGGGGAAGGACAUGGAGAAUGAAGAACCCCAUCAGAUGGUGAGGAACACCACAUGGAGAAUUAAAACAGACUGGUGGGAUAGAGGGUGAGGCAGCAUCAGCCUGAGGAGGAAGCAGAGAAGACGGUCAAGGGAGACCUGAAGAGGUGGGGACAGACACAGAGGGGCUUGAACAAGAUAGAGAGAUGCUCCAGAUGAGGAUAGCUAGUGGGUUGGCAUAGGACCAGCAAGCUAGUCUAAAUGGCAAUGGUGGAAUGGGGAAAUGCCUAAAAUGUGAUGGAAAGAGGAGACGGGCAGCAUGCUGGUAGAUAUCUUCCAGGCCUGUCUGUGGAGUUUGGGUUUCUGUUCAAAGUGGGAGGUCAUUGUGAGGUUUUCAAUUAGAGGUGCUAGACUCUGUUUUCUGACAUGCACACACACACACACACACACACACACACACACACACACACACAUACACACACACACCACACACACACACACACACACACACACACACACACACCCCUACCAUGACCACAUCCUCCUCUUCUUGAUAUGUAGAAUCAGAUCAGAAGGAAAGAAUAUGGUGCUUGUCUGUAGGCACUCAGUCACCUGGGUAAAAGACAGCUUUGCAUAGUCAGGUAUUGGCAGGAAGGUGGCGAGCAAGUAGAAGAAUGAGCAACAGAUGCCGGGUUGUCCUGUUAUUGCAGUGGGAGCCGAGGAAACACGGCAAUGGAGGUCUUGAACACUACGACUGAGAAGCUGGAUAGCUGAGAAGGGAAGAGGAACGAACUAACUUCAUCCUGCGGAGUCAGUCCUCAGGAGCUGUCUGGGCUCUCACUCCUCCCCUGUUGCAGCAAUGGGCCAUUUCCAUCCAAGGCGGUGCCAUGCUGACCCAAAUGCCUGAGUGCCAUUCACCUCCAGAGAGUGAGGAGUCUGAAAAGUGGCAGUGACAGAAGAGGAGACCAUUGCGGCUGAAGCUGCGGUACAUGAGGAGAAGGAAGAAGGAGUCUCCUAACUGGUGCCACAUACAUCAGAUGGAUGGUCUCUAGCCUGCUUCCAAACCUGCCCUCGGCUGAGUGCUGGGCAGCACUUCUACAUGAUCCUAUGACGCUUGAUAUGGACGCAGUCCUGUCAGACUUUGUUCGGUCCACGGGGGCAGAACCUGGUCUGGCCAGAGACCUGCUGGAAGGUAAAAACUGGGACCUGACAGCUGCGCUAAGCGACUAUGAGCAACUCAGACAGGUGCACACAGCCAACCUGCCACAUGUGUUCAACGAAGGGAGGUGUGCCAAGCAGCCUGAGCGAGAGCUACCCCAGCCUGGGCACAAGGUGGAGCGGCCUUGCCUGCAGAGGCAGGACGAUAUUGCCCAAGCAGAGAAGCGCCUUUCCCGGGGGAUCUCCCAUGCCAGCUCAGCCAUUGUCUCCCUGGCCCGAUCCCACGUGGCCAAUGAAUGCAACAAUGAGCAGUUCCCACUGGAGAUGCCCAUCUACACAUUCCAGCUGCCGGACCUGAGCGUGUACAGUGAGGACUUCAGGAGCUUCAUCGAACGGGACCUGAUUGAGCAGGCCACUAUGGUAGCUCUGGAGCAAGCAGGUCGCCUGAACUGGUGGUCUACUGUGUGCACGAGCUGUAAAAGGCUUCUUCCCUUGGCCACGACAGGGGAUGGGAACUGCCUCUUACAUGCCGCCUCGCUAGGAAGAGUCACUUGGUUCAUAUAUCUAAGCCCGCUGGGAAGCAUACACAACAGCACGGGGUCGGGGACGGUCCAUGGAAUGUGGGGCUUUCAUGACCGGGACCUGGUUUUGCGGAAAGCUCUCUACACCAUGAUGAGGACGGGUGCCGAGCGGGAAGCUCUAAAGCGGAGGUGGAGGUGGCAGCAGACACAGCAGAACAAGGAGUCAGGGCUGGUGUACACUGAGGAGGAGUGGGAGCGAGAGUGGACAGAGCUGCUAAAACUGGCCUCCAGCGAGCCUCGCACACACUUCAGCAAGAACGGCAGCGGCACGGGUGGUGGUGUGGACAACUCUGAGGACCCUGUGUAUGAAAGCCUGGAAGAGUUCCACGUCUUCGUCCUAGCCCACAUACUACGGAGACCCAUCGUGGUGGUGGCAGACACCAUGCUAAGAGACUCCGGUGGAGAAGCAUUUGCACCCAUCCCGUUUGGAGGGAUCUACCUGCCCUUGGAGGUGCCUCCCAACAGGUGCCACUGCUCACCCCUGGUUCUGGCUUACGAUCAAGCGCACUUCUCAGCCCUAGUGUCCAUGGAACAGAGAGACCAACAACGAGAACAAGCUGUGAUCCCUCUGACGGAUUCGGAACACAAGCUGCUGCCCUUGCACUUUGCGGUGGACCCGGGAAAGGACUGGGAGUGGGGAAAAGAUGACAACGACAAUGCCCGGCUAGCCAACCUCAUCCUGUCCCUAGAAGCCAAGCUGAACCUUCUACACAGCUACAUGAAUGUGACGUGGAUCCGCAUCCCCUCUGAGACCCGGGCUCCCCUUGCACAGCCAGAGUCUCCAACGGCCUCGGCAGGGGAGGAUGUACAGUCCCUGGCGGAAUCGCUGGACUCGGACCGCGAUUCUGUGUGCAGCAACUCCAACAGCAAUAACGGCAAGAAUGGUAAGGACAAGGAGAAGGAGAAACAGCGCAAGGACAAGGACAAGACUCGCGCGGACUCCGUGGCCAACAAGCUGGGCAGCUUCAGCAAGACGCUGGGCAUCAAGCUGAAGAAGAAUAUGGGCGGGCUGGGCGGCCUGGUGCACGGUAAGAUGGGUCGUGCCAACUCUGCCAAUGGCAAAAACGGCGACAGCACCGAGCGCAACAAGGAGAAAAAAUCCAAGUCGCGCAAGGGCAGCAAAGAGGAAUCUGGAGCAUCAGCUAGCACCUCGCCGUCGGAGAAGACCACGCCGUCGCCCACGGACAAGGCGGCAGGAGCAUCGCCCGCCGACAAGGGCAGCGGGUCAAGGAGCGACGCCUGGAAGUACAGCACGGACGUAAAGCUGAGCCUCAACAUCCUGCGCGCCGCCAUGCAAGGCGAGCGCAAAUUCAUCUUCGCCGGCCUGCUGCUCACCAGCCACCGGCACCAGUUCCACGAAGAGAUGAUCGGCUACUACCUGACCAGCGCGCAGGAGCGCUUUAGCGCGGAGCAAGAACAGCGGCGGCGGGACGCCGCGGCGGCGGCCGCCGCAGCCAACGCCAACGCCAACGCCACGGCCAAGCGGCCGGCGCGCAGGCCAGAGGCAGAAGGUGCGCCAGGCCCGGAGCGCGCCUCGCCAGGCCCGCCAGCCGCGCCGCCCACGCAGCUGGUGCUCAAGCUCAAGGAGCGGCCGAGCCCCGGGACUGGAGGGAGCGCACGGGCGACUCGUGCGGCGGGCGGCGCGGCGUCCCCGGGUCUGGGCGGCGGCGCACGGCGCGUGGCUCCCGGCACAGGCGGACCGACUCCGGGCCGCAGCCCACCCGCGCCCACGCCCGCGCGCCAGAGCGUCAUCCACGUGCAGGCGGCAGCCCGGGACGAGGCGUGCGCGCCGACUGUGGGCGCGCUGCGGCCGUGCGCCACGUACCCGCAACAGAACCGCUCUCUGUGGUCGCAGAGCUACAGCCCAGCGCGCAGCGCGCUGCGCACGGUCAACACGGUGGAGUCGCUGGCGCCCGGCGGAGCGGACGCCCCGGGGCCCGCGGAGCACAAGUCGCAGACCUACAGCAACGGCUUCGGCGCAGCCCGCGACGGGCUGGAGUUCGCCGACGCCGACGCGCCGGCCGCGCGCUCGAACGCUGAGUGCGGUCGCGGAGGCCCCGGGCCCGCGCAGCGGCGCUGUCAGCGGGAGAACUGCGCGUUCUACGGGCGCGCGGAGACCGAGCACUUCUGCUCCUACUGCUACCGAGAGGAGCUGCGGCGGCGGCGCGAGGCGCGCGCUGCGCGACCCUGAGGCGCCCAGGACUGCUUUUCCAUCCUGUGGGUCUUUUUUUACUUGCUCUGGUCAGCCGAAGGGCCGGCGCCUCCUCAGUCAGUGCCGUGUACGUGUUUGGUCAAACGUUCCUAAUGGUGCCUGAACCUACACUGAUGCCACUCAGGUAGUAGACGGAUAGGAAACAAGUCAUACUGUUGGAAGUGGGUGUGCUAGCCUAGCAUCUGCCUCGUACCUGUGGAAACUCAAUAGCCAUUGCAAGAGUAUUUUUGUUCCUCUAUACGAGAAAUAAAGAAAAUCGCAGCCCUUUGUUUUUAGAAGGGAGUGUUUUACAUGCUUUUUUUUUUCCUAACCUAGGGACUGACCUCUUCCAAGUAGCGGUCACUUGCGUGCGGUUGAUAGCACGCAGGGUGUAGAAGCAAACACGCAGCCCGGCCUGAGGUGGAGCUUCCUCUGCUGCUCCUACCUGCUUCCCACCUGGGUUCCUGGAGACCUCCAGCAGGCACCUUGCUACCCGCUGACGCUGGCCCCUUAGGACUCCCCACCUCCAUCUCAUAAGCAAACCCUCCUCCCACACACCACACCACACCACACCACCCCACACCACCCCCGGCUCCAACAACAUUCACACUGCCAUCCAAGCUGCGGGCGACCACAGAAUGGGCACCGGACAACCUACCUCUCAGGGCAUGGUGAGGUGUAGCGAUCGCUCUCAGUGCCGGGCAGCUCAGGUGACAGGGGCUUCCCAGAGACAAUUGGGGUGUAAGAAAGCAGGGUCCUGAACUCCCAAUCGGAUCGGCCCACCUCUGCGCCAGCAUGAUAGGCUGGUCAUGUCUCCUUUGAAGACACGUGUACAGUGAACUGUCGCUGGAGGGCCCCUUAGGAGGUGUGAUCACAUCCGUGCCCCAAAGGAAGGGACAGAAUUGACCCCUUGGUCACUGUGUCAGCCCCCAUUGGGCUGCUUUGAACCCAGCCUAGCCCCCUUCCAUAGUGUAGGGGCUGAGAGAGGCCGGGAGGGAAGGAAACCACCCCUAACCCACCUGCCUCUGUCAGGGUUCAGCCAGGUUAAAGGGCUCUCUGCUGGUGGAGACCCUUCCCAGAGCGGCCCUGCUCCUGGCUCCAUGCCACAUUGAGGGAGCAGCCAAGUCUCCGAGCAGUCUCCUCUUUGGUGCCUCCUACAUUUCUUGAGGAAAAUUUAAAAAAUAAUGUGUCCUUAGCUACCCUGUUUUGAGCAGCAAUAUGCAGCCUCUUCCUUCCAAGAUUACCUCUGCAGACCACUGUUCUUGGCCAAGGACACUGAGGAGCUAGUCCUCUCGAAAGAGCUAGCGAGCUUGCUUCCAGGAAAUAUGGAUAAGAUGGCUGAAAUCCUCACUAACAAAACAAUACUUUUAUAGCCGUGAGAGCUUUAGACUAACCAGCCCCUAAUAGCCCUAAGAGAAGAGAAAGCACCUGCUUAUCCUCAGAAAGUACAGGAGAGGGGUUACACCUUCACUGGAGCCAGCUCGUGCAAGGAUGCUUCAUCCCGUGACAUCCAGAGCAGCAAAAGCAAAAAAUAAAAAUUUUCAAAAGAUGGGGAGGGAUCUUUUUUUUUUUACUUGUUUGGAAAAUUAUAAUAAAACAACUGAGUAUCUCCUGUGAGUAAUUUCUUUUUUGUUUUUAAUUAUUCCACAGCCUGAGGAAUCUUCCGUAAUGUAUUCAAGUUUUUGCAUAAAGUGGUUCCUUAAAUCAAAGUUAUUUAUUAAAUAGAAUCUUUAAGAA